AUGGACAAUGAUCUUUGGGACCUAAUUGAAGCAACCACCGAACCUCCAAGGCAAGAAGAUGAUGAGGCUGCUUUUAAGGCUUGGAGUAAGAAGAAUUCCACAGCCUUACAUGUAAUCCAAAUUUCAUGUGGACCGGACACAAUUUUUGAGGUUAUUCAGAUUAGUUCUGCAAAAACUGCUUGGGAUACGUUGGAAGCAAUGUAUGUCGUGUCUACAGGUAUAUACAUUCAACCAGCUCGUGCCACUGAGGAAAUUCGUUUGAACAUUCAAGACAUAGAAAAAGGUCGAAGCAAUCAAAUAAAAAUCAUCGGAUCAGGAAUGACAGGAGCUUCGAUUCAAAUUAAUCGAAUCCCAGGGGCAGCUUUGCAGAUGCAAAGAGAACUACAAUGGUUUAAGGAGGUGGAAAGUAUUGUUGUUGCUAGGUCUAAGGAACAUUUGAACAGGGAUGGUUUGACUCCUAGGGAAUUGUUUACGAAGAAGCACAUAGACUUGAAGAAAGAAGGAGAAAAAUGGAUGAAGGGCACAUCAACUUCUUGUACAGUGGUAGGCGCUCUCAUUGUUACUAUUAUGUUUGCUGCAGCCUUUACUGUUCCGGGUGGUAACAAUCAAGAUACUGGCGUCCCUGUAUUCUUGGAUAAAAGAUUGUUCAUGCUCUUUAUAAUAUUUGACGCCUUGUCCCUCUUUUCCUCCACAACUUCCGUCGUGAUGUUUUUGGGAAUCCUAACAUCACGCUAUGCAGAAGACGAUUUCCUUGAAUCCUUGCCAAGAAAGAUGAUCAUAGGACUUUCCACUCUUUUCUUUUCCAUUGCAGCCAUGAUGACAGCCUUUUCUACUGCUCUUUUAAUUAUGCUACAGGGACAAUAUUCAUGGCUAGUCAUUCCUGUCAUUUGUUUGGCUAGUGUACCUGUCACCUUAUUCAUAUUGAUGCAAUUUCCCCUUCUUGUUGACAUGUGCAUGUCAACUUACGGACCAGGCAUCUUUGAUAAGAAAAUGAAGAGGUGGGUAUAACUUUAUUCAUUUUACUGUAUAAUGUAAAUGUUUUCCAAGAAGAAUUGGCAUACUAGCCAAAACUAAUGAUUU